AUGCGAACGAUUGAGGAAGAGGACGACGAGUUCCCAGAAGAUGGGAAUCUGAAAAUGGCGGUCGGAGCGAUGAAUACAAGAAAGAAGAUGAUUUAUUCGCGGAAAGUUUUCGCAGUGAUAUCGGCUAUUUUUUUGAUUUUUGCGAUUGGCAACAUGACACUAUUCAUCACUCCAGGAGUUCGAGAAUUCGUGCAACAGUACCGAAUCCUCGUCUAUCUAUGCACCCCGCUUCCAAUAGUCUCCAAAUUAUUAAUAACUUUCGUUGAACGAAUCUCUUCUAUCAAUCGCCCAUCUCUUCUACUAAUUCCUGUAUUUAUUCUUCAUCUCCUCGCGAUUUUUCUCUCAUUUACUGCACUUUCUCUGUUUUUUGACACCGAAAUCGUCUACUUUUCUUGUUUUAUAAUCUUCAUGAACACUUCUUCAUAUAUUACGCGUAAGAAUUAUUAUGAGAUAAUCGGAGUGCCUGCAACAGCGACAAGGCUGGAAAUUCGAGAUGCAUUUUUAGCCAAGACUAAGCAGCUCCAUCCCGACCAAUCUUCGUCCCAAAAUUCGAAGAAAGAUAGUCGCGUUGGGUGGAGAACGGGCGCCUCGGAAACAGAGCAGUUUAUGCUUGUCAAAGAAGCGUACGAUGUGUUGAGAAAUGAAGAGAAACGAAAAGAAUACGAUAUGGCGACGAGUCGAGAAGGAGGAUUUCUGAUGGAGGCCACUCUGAAAACACAACAAAUGUCAACACAACGUCGGAAUAUCCAACGAGCCGAAUGGAGUGCAGACGUGAUACCGGACGCCCGAAAAAAGUCGAAAACUACAGUAUACUCCCAUUUUAGAAAUCCCGAAGAAGAAUAUCUGAAGGAAAAGCGAAAAAACCGGUUGUUAGGUGUCUUGGCGGCUACAGUAAUGGCGCUUAUUGCAGCGAAUAUACUGUAUAUCAGGCGGCUCCAAGCACGACGACUUCUAGAAGAUUCCCAGCCAGUUCGAUGA